AUGGCGGCUUGCUUGAAACUUUUUAUAACUUUAUAUUCUUGCAUCUGUUUUAUAAUUGCUGGCGUUGUAGAUGGAAAACCAAAUUUUGUCAUAUUGCUUAUGGAUGAUAUGGGAUGGGGUGAUCUUGGAGUGUUUGGAGAACCCAACAAGGAAACACCAUUUCUUGACAAAAUGGCUGCAGAAGGAAUGAUCUUUCCUGACUUUUAUUCAGCUAAUCCUUUGUGUUCACCUUCCAGAGCAGCAUUACUCUCAGGACGAUUACCCAUAAGGAAUGGCUUCUUCACAACUAAUGCACAUGCAAGAAAUGCCUAUACGCCACAGAUUAUAACAGGUGGGAUACCAGAUUCUGAGAUUUUAUUGCCAGAAGUUCUCAAGAAGCUGGGAUAUAGAAACAAAAUCAUUGGAAAAUGGCAUUUAGGUCACAGACCACAAUAUCACCCAUUGAAGCAUGGAUUUGAUGAAUGGUUUGGUGCACCCAACUGUCAUUUUGGACCCUAUAACGACAUUGAUACACCAAACAUACCAGUUUAUAAAGAUGCCGAAAUGGCUGGAAGAUAUUAUGAAGAAUUUGUGAUUGAUAGGAAUACAGGGGAAUCAAACUUGACCAAGAUGUAUUUAAAUGAAGCUCAUCAUUUUAUAAAGAAACAAGUAGCGAGGAAGGAACCAUUCUUUCUGUACUGGGCUGCUGAUGCAACUCAUGACCCUUUAUAUGCCUCGUCUAAUUUCUUAGGGACAAGUAAUAGAGGACUAUAUGGAGAUGCUGUUAAGGAACUUGAUUAUUCUGUAGGACAAAUUUUACAGUCAUUGAAAGAUAAUGGUGUAGAUAAAAAUACUUUAGUAUUCUUCUCUUCUGACAACGGAGCUGCUACUUAUGCAAAAACUGGUGGUGGAAGCAAUGGUCCUUUCUUGUGUGGGAAACAAACAACAUUUGAAGGUGGUAUGAGAGAGCCAACUAUUGCCUGGUGGCCUGGAGUUGUUCAACCAGGAAAGGUAUCUCAUCAAGUUGGUUCUCUUAUGGAUUUAUACACAUCUUUUAUUGAGUUAGCAGGAGGAAAUAUACCUAAAGACAGAGCAGUGGAUGGAAUAAGUCUGAAGAGUGCCUUACUAAACAAUACAGUGAGAGAUAGGCCAUUGUUUUAUUAUCGAGGGGAUGAACUUAUGGCAGUAAGAGUUGGCUUGUAUAAAGCACAUCUUUGGACAUGGACAAACUCAAUGAAAGAAUUUAAUGCAGGAAUAAAUUUUUGUCCAGGAGAAGAAAUUGAAGGUGUCACUACUCAUGAACAAAUGAACAAUACAAACCAACCAUUAUUGUUUAAUAUAGGCAGAGAUCCUGGUGAAAAGUACAUUAUAAGACCUAAUUCAGAAGAAUACAAAAAAGUUAUGCCUUUAAUAAUGGUGCAAGUAAAUCAACAUAAAAAGAACCUAGUACCAGGAAAACCUCAGCUCAACAUGUGUGACAGAUCCGUUAUGAACUGGUCUCCACCUGGUUGUGAGAAAUUUAAAUGUCUUCAAGGACCACAACCUGAUCCAUAUGAAUGUAGCUGGCCUCAUUAAUUCUGUUGCUGGUGUGAUGGAUAAAAGUCCUCAGUAGUGAUAUAGUAUGAUUACAAAUAAGUGCAAUGCAAUGAUAGAAUCAAUUGUCUUCCAGACCAAAAUGUCAACUGAUAUUGCAAAUGAGAGAAAAUUUAUAUUUUUUGAUGGCAUUUGAAAUUCCUUUACUUAAAUAUUAUGUAGUUAAGUGUAGAUUCCAUGUUUGGUUAAUGUGAUAAGUUUGUUGCUCAAUGCUUUAAAGCAUGAAUUUAUAAUUUUUGUUUCAAAAUCGAAUGGAGUAUGUGUAAUUUUAUAAUUCAUACACAAAAAUAACUUUAAGCAAUUGCUUGUUAUUCCAUUGUUUAUAAUAAUUAUAAACAAUUUUUUGUGAUAAAUAUUACCCAGAAUUCAUUAGAUUGUGAAACAGUUAAUUAUCAUACUUUAACUACAAACAGUGAUGCAUGAUUAAUUUUUAUAUUUCUGUUCUAAAGGAUAUCCCUUGCCAAAAUCUAAAUGUGAGAUUUUAGUUAUUACAGUGUUCUUCUCACAUUAAAUUCUAAAUUUACAGUAAUUAUAUUUAUAUGAUAUUUUAUGCUGUUUCAGUCAUAUUUUUAUUGUUCAGACUGUCAUGACAGAAAACUAUUUCUUCACACUAUAUUCAUUUGAUUUCGCUUGAGUUUCAGUUAUUUUUAUUGAAUCACUGAAUAUGACAAUGACACAGAAACAUACAAUUCUAAUUACACUACUAACAUUCAAAGUUAAUGAUUAUUUUUUACUGAAAGAGACACAAAUAUCACUUUGAUUUCAGUAAAUUAUAUUGAAAUUAAUAUGGGACUAAUGUUAUUUAUAAUUUUUUUCUGUUGCUUAUCAUAUAAUAGUAUUAAAUGCUAGAUUUAUGUUUUAAACAAAAAACAAUAUGCUUAACUAAUGCUGGGCAGCUUAGAAAUAUAACAGAUAAGGUGUUGCAUGAAAAUGUAUACUGUGAAUUUUAUGAAUUUCACAGUAUCCAGUUAUCACAAUCUUGUUAAUAGUCAUCUUUGCAAGUAUUUAUUUUCUGUUUUCAUAUACUUUAUUAUGUAUUCUACAAUUGUGCAGUUUUAAGAGUGUAUCAUUUUUUUGCAUCUGUAUGCAUUGAGGAGAUUAAAAAAGUUUGUUAAUGAAAGUUUAUACUUUAAAUGAAUGCAUAUUUUUUUAGAAUUUUUUAUUUAUUUCAUCAGAUACUGAUUUCUUGUUGUUGAAUAUAUUUUUGGUUAAUAUUUUGUCCCAAUUAUAUUUCAGGUUGACAUGAUUUUAAUUAGUGCAUUAUUUGACUUGAUUAUUUAUGUUACUAUAUGGUGAAUUUUUAGUAUAAUGAUUUUGGGAUUGCAUAAAACUAUUAAUAUUUUUGCAUUUAAAAGGUAUAUUUCUGUGUAGAUAUACUAUAUUUCUUUAAGAAUCAUAUAGGAAAGGGUGUAUCAUUCCCCAGUAUUUUGUAGUAACAUGAAAAAUAUAAGAUCUCAUUUAAUAUGCCUUGAUCUUUUCCUUCUCCAAUAGUUAUAAAGGGCAGUAACUCUGAACAAAAUAAAUCUUUAUAAACAUUUAAUUACUCCAUAGUCUUUACAUCUUUAUUCUAUGAUCAUCAGCACUAAAAGUAGCUCAAUAAAACAACAUGUCUUAAUAUCAAUGGGAAAGAGUUUUGUUUACAAAUCAUAAAUUGUGGUCCUUGUGGCUCAUAAGGGAUGUAGACCCAGCUUCUUUCUAGAGGCAUUUAAGAGGGAACAUGUUUUAACAUAUUUUUCAUGUAUCAAGUAAAUCAAUAAAACUUUUGACAGCUAGCCUGGUUAGAGUUGUUAUAAGGUGUUUAAUAAUGUAUUCAUUAUUUUUUUUUUAUUUUUUUAUUUUGUGGAAUUUAGUCAUUCCAAAAUUGUUAUAUUCAUUUGUAUUUUGUAUUUUGUGAUCUCCAACCUGUAAUUAUUAUUUACUUCUUUACAUAUUAUUGUCUUUUAUAUAGAUAUACUAUUUAUUGAAAAUAAAAAUCUCCAUUUUU